AUGCGAAGCCAACUGUCAGACAUCCUCGCCCACUUCCAGACGCUGGCAGAACUCGACACCGAGGGAGUGCCGCCGACCGGCCAUACUACCGACGCGCACUCUGUGAUGCGUGACGACGAAGAUAUGCCGGCCCUCGAUCGCGAGCAAACCCUCGCAAACGCACCGUUCGUAGAUGGCGAAUUCGUCCGUGUCAGACCAGUAAUGGAAUAG